AAGAUUUUUGGCAUACUUCUCUUGUUUGUCAAGAAUGGAAAAAAAUUCUUGAUAAUCAUAAGUUUUGGAAAAAAUUAAAUAACCAACUUGGUUUUGAAUCUUUAAAUCCAAAAGCUCGCAAAUAUAACACUUAUUAUUCAAUUUAUAAUAAAAAUUGGAAAAAGUUAUGUAUUUGUAAAAAAGAACUUAAAAGACAAAAACAACAAAAAAUUAUUAAUAUUAACUUUAAACUUAAUAUCUUAAAAGAAUAUUCUGAGUAUCGUUCAGAAUAUAAAGGAUUUAAAUUUAAUUUUCAAUAUAAUUCUUUUAUUUUAUUUGUUCAAAAAAAGAUUGAAAAAAUUAUUUUAAAAACAGAAAAUAUUAAAAUUU